AUGCGUUAUCACCUCGCUGUACCCGACAUCAUCACAAUCAUCAUGGCCCCCCCGCCGGCAACUGCAAACUCGCAGUCCGGACCUCCGGUGAAAAAGAAACCGGGCCCGAAACCGAAGCCCAUCAGCGAACGCAAACACGCCCUCAAGCCGAUAACACGCGUUGAACGCUCGUACCCGAACCAACGGCGUAUACAGGUCCUGGAAUUCCUCGAGCGUCAUUACGUAGCCAUCGUCGAACCCCCGCCUUUUCCACGCGCCCCGCCAAUGCGCGAACGAGAACGCGACCUCGGGGACAACACCGUCGUACCCGCAGGGUACCGGAGACCGACAUACCAAGAAGCCAGCGUCUUCUUCAGGAUUCCCUCGUCGACCAUACAGAAUUGGCUCGGGCGGGCAAGCCGAGAAAGCGUCAGCGGGGACGGCAUCGACGGGGUCGGCGCAAGGAGAGGCAGCUCAGGGAGAAACAGCACCGGAAGGGGCAGCACCGGCAGCACCGGGAGGAGAGGCAGCACCACCACCGGCAACACCAGCACCGGCAACACCAGCAUCCACAGGGCAAGCAUCGGCAGGGACGGCACCAACAAGGCCAACAGCGGCAAGUGUAUCAGCGGCAAGGGCAGCAGCGGCAAGGGCAGCAGCAGCAAGGGCAGCAGCGGCAGGGCCGGCACCAACAGGGCCAGCAUGGGCAGUACAAGCAUGGGGAGGGCCACCGCCAGGGACAAUGUGGGCAUGGCCACCACAAGGAGGGCCAUGGACAGGGCCACCUCCACAAGGGGCACCAUGGACAGGGCCACCACAUGGAGCACCAUGGCCAGGGCCGCCACAAGGAACACCAUGGGCAGGACCACCACAAGGGGCACCGUGGACAGGGCCACCACAUGGAGCACCAUGGCCAGGGCCGCCACAAGGGGCACCGUGGACAGGACCACCGCCAGGGACAACGUGGGCAUGGCCACCACAAGGAGGACCAUGGACAGGGCCACCUCCACAUGGAGCACCAUGGGCAGGACUACCACAAGGGGCACCGUGGACAGGGCCACCACAUGGAGCACCAUGGCCAGGGCCGCCACAAGGAACACCAUGGGCAGGACCAGCACCGGGAGGGCCACAACCAGCAAGGCCACAACCAGGGACGGCACCGGCAGGGACAGCACCGGCCGGGACAAGGCAAGCAUCUGCAGUGCCAUCACCGGCAGAGUCAUCAUCAUCAUCAGCAGCAGCAGCAGGGACAACACCAGUAAAGCCAGAAUCGGAGGCGGCAGGGCCAGUAUCAGCAGAACCAGCAUCGGAGGCUACAGCAUCGGAGGUGGCAGUCAAAGCGGCAGCAUCAGAGGAGGCAGUAUCGGAAUACGGAAAUUCAUUGCCCAAAAUACGAAUCUGUACCUGGAUCUGUGUGAGGAUCCAUAUUCGUACUUUGUCUCCCGUACCACAUGUCCACAUGUCCACCACACUUCUGCAUCGUCCCAUAGCUCAGUUGGUUAG